AUCCUCCUGCGGCGGUGAGUCACGUUACAGAAGCGAUCGGCGUGAGACGCGUUUUAUUACACGACCCGGUAUUAAUAUAGUCGGUGAGACGUCGCGAGAGAAAACACUUUCUGUCCAACGCAAACGGAUUUCAUCACCCCGAGCGAAGUGGAGCACAUGAAGUGUCGCGACGAGGUCUCCCGGUCCCAGGACGCGCGCGCUGUUCUCACGCCAGAGUAGGAUAUGUGCUCGCGCAGCGGCGGCGCGUCGAGGCGGCACCAGAAGGAUGCCUCAGAAAUGCAGAGAGCGUUUUUACGGACGCAAGAGGACAUCCACUCUUCUCCUCUGGCUUUGGAUUCUGAUACCUUUCAUUGCUCAAGUGGACAGUUACUUCAUGAGCAAUUCCAAGGCUGUCCUGCAGAGAUGUACAGAUGGGUGGACUCUACAGCAAAACCAGCGUGUGCCAAAACUCUUACAGAUGACCGUGUGUUUGGACAUGCGCUUACUGACUGCAGGAAAGUGGAUGGCCUUUAGCUACACAAUACCUCACUCACCUUACUACGGCCUGACACUGCAGGGUGACAAUGAUGCUGUGUACGUCUGGCUCAUGGGUGUGAAACAUCGCUUCCCUGUGCGUCUGACACUGGAACAUUGGCACCGGUUGUGUCUACGCUUCGACUCCUUACAUAACCGCUUCAGCCUGAGCGUUAGCAGCAGUCAAGACACCUAUGUGCAUACGGUCAUUGCUCACGCCAUGCAACCCAUUGGCAGACUAAAGCUGGGAUGUCAGCCCUGGCAGGACUUCCCGAGAACAAACAUGGCCAAAAUGGAGCUCUACCUAUUCAGAAUGUGGGGGGAUGUGAGAGAGCAUGCACUAUGUGAGGAUGGCACAAUCGUGGGCUGGGACUCGAGCAUGUGGAGAAUCAAUCAAGCCCAGGCCAGGGUCCAGGACGACACACUUUACUGCGAAAUGACCAUGAUAAGUUCAACCACUCCAGCAGUUGCAAAUACUCCAACUAGAAUGAAUGCUACCACUAAAGGAGUUACUGACUUGGCAUCAUCCAACAACAGUAUGAAUCGAAAAACUAUUCCAGAUGUGACAAACAGGUCAUCAUCAGUCAAGGACAACAGAAAUUUAAACACUACUCCAGACAAUACAAAGAGAACAUCACCAUCAUUCAAGCAUAGUAUGAAUCCAAACACUACUUCAAACACAAAAAAGAUAAUAUCAGCAUCAGUCAAUGACAAUAGGAAUUUAAACACUACUCUAGAUCCUACAAAGUCAACAUCACCAUCAUUCAAUAACAGUAUAAAUCCAAACACUCUUCAAAACACUACAGACACAUCAUCAGUCAAUGACGAUGUGAAUUUAAAGAUUACUCAAGAUCCUACAAACAGGAUGUCACAAUCAAUCAAUAAAAGGAGGAAUCCAAACACUACUCAAGAUCCUACAAACAUGAUGUCACCAUCAUUCAAUAAUAGUAUGAAUCCAAACACUACUACAAACACUACAAACACAUCAUCAUCAGUUAAUGACGAUAGGAAUCCAGACACUAUUCAAGAUCCUACAAACAUGGCAUCGCCUUCAUUCAAUAACAGUAUGAAUCCAAACACAACUCAAGACGCUACAAACACGACAUCAGCAUCAUUCAAUAACAAUAUGAAUCCAAAAAAUUCUACAAACACUACAAACACAUCAUCACCAGUCAAUGGCAACAGGAAUCCAAACACUACUCUAGAUCCUACAAAUAUGACAUCACCAUCAUUCAAUAACAGUAUGAAUCCAAAUGAUACAAACACAACAUCAACAUCAGUCAAUGACAACAGGAAUCCAAACACUACUCUAGAUCCUACAAACACGACAUCACCGUCAUUCAAUAACAGUAUGAAUCCAAGCACUGCUCAAGACGCUACAAACAGAACAUCACCAUCAUUCAAUAAAAGUAUAAAUCCAAACACUAGUCCAGGUGCUACAAACACAUCAUCAUUAGUCAAUGACAAUAGUAAUCCAAACAUUACUCUAGAUCCUACAAACAUGAAUUCACCAUCAUUCAAUAACAGUAUGAAUCCAAACACUUCUACAAACACAACAUCAUCAGUCAAUGACAACAGGAAUCCAAACACUACUACAAACACGACAUCAUCAUUAUUCAAUGACAACAGGAAUCCAAACACUACUCUAGAUCCUACAAACACAACAUCACCAUCAUUGAAGAACAGUAUGAAUCCAAGCACUACAAACACAUCAUCAUCAGUUAAUGACAACAGGAAUCCAAACAAUACUCUAGAUCCUACAAACAUGACAUUACCGUCAUUCAAUAACAGUAUGUAUCCACACACUACUCAAGAUGCUACAAACAGAACACCACCAUCAUUCAAUAACAGUAUAAAUCCAAACACUACUCCAGAUGCUAGAAACACAUCAUCAGUCAAGGACAACAGGAAUCCAAACACUACUCUAGAUCCUACAAACAUGAUGUCACUGUCAUUCAAUAACCAUAUGAAUCCAAACACUUCUACAAACACUACAAACACAACAUCAUUAGUCAAUGAAAAUAGGAAUCCAAACACUACUACAAACACAUCAUCUUUAGUCAAUGACAACAGGAACCCAAACACUACUACAAACACAACAUCAUCAUCAUCAGUCAAUGACAAUAGGAAUCCAAACACUACUCUUGAUGCUACAAACAGAACAUCACCAUCAGUCAAUAACAGUAUAAAUCCACACCCUUCUACAAACACGACAAACACAUCAUCAUCAGUCAAUGACAACAGGAAUCCAAACACUGCUACAAGCACAAUAUCAUCAUCAUCAGUCAAGGACAACAGGAAUCCAAACACUACUCUAGAUCCUACAAACAUGAUGUCACUGUCAUUCAAUAACCAUAUGAAUCCAAACACUUCUACAAACACUACAAACACAACAUCAUUAGUCAAUGAAAAUAGGAAUCCAAACACUACUACAAACACAUCAUCUUUAGUCAAUGACAACAGGAACCCAAACACUACUACAAACACAACAUCAUCAUCAUCAGUCAAUGACAAUAGGAAUCCAAACACUACUCUUGAUGCUACAAACAGAACAUCACCAUCAGUCAAUAACAGUAUAAAUCCACACCCUUCUACAAACACGACAAACACAUCAUCAUCAGUCAAUGACAACAGGAAUCCAAACACUGCUACAAGCACAAUAUCAUCAUCAUCAGUCAAUGACAACAGGAAUCCAAACAGUGCUAUAAACACAACAUUAUCAUCAUCAGUCAAUGACAACAGGAAUCCAAACACUGCUACAAGCACAAUAUCAUCAUCAGUCAAUGACAGCAGGAACCCAAACACUACUACAAACACCACAUUAUCAUCAGUCAAUGACAAUAGGAAUCCAAACACUACUACAAACACGACAUCAUCAUUAUUCAAUGACAACAGGAAUCCAAACACUACUCUAGAGCCUACAAACACGACAUCACCAUCAUUGAAGAACAGUAUGAAUCCAAGCACUACAAACACAUCAUCUCUAGUCAAUGAAAAUAGGAAUGCAAACACUAAUACAAACACUACAAACACAUCACCUUUAGUCAAUGAAAAUAGGAAUCCAAACACUACUACAAACACAUCAUUAGUCAGUGAAAAUAGCAAUGCAAACACUACUACAAACACUACAAACACAAAAUCAUUAGUCAAUGAAAAUAGGAAUCCAAACACUACUACAAACACUACAAACGCAUCAUCUUUAGUCAAUGACAACAGGAACCCAAACACUACUACAAACACAUCAUCAUCAUCAGUCAAUGACAAUAGGAAUCCAAACACUACUCUUGAUGCUACAAACAGAACAUCACCAUCAUUCAGUAACAGUAUGAAUCCAAACACUUCUACAAACAUGACAAACACAUCAUCAUCAGUCAAUGACAACAGGAAUCCAAACACUGCUACAAGCACAAUAUCAUCAUCAGCAGUCAAUGACAACAGGAAUCCAAACACUGCUACAAGCACAAUAUCAUCAUCAGCAGUCAAUGACAACAGGAAUCCAAACACUGCUACAAACACAACAUUAUCAUCAUCAGUCAAUGACAACAGGAAUCCAAACACUGCUACAUGCACAAUAUCAUCAUCAGUCAAUGACAACAGGAACCCAAACACUACUACAAACACAUCAUCAUCAGUCAAUGACAAUAGGAAUCCAAACACUACUCUAGAUGCUACAAACAGAACAUCACCAUCAUUCAAUAACAGUAUGAAUCCAAACCCUUCUACAAACACAACAAACACAUCAUCAUCAGUCAAUGACAAUAGGAAUACAAACACUACUCUAGAUCUUACAAACAGAAAAUCACCAUCAUUCAAUAACAGUAUGAAUCCAAACACUUCUACAAACACAACAACAUCAGUCAAUGACAACAGGAAUCCAAACACUACUACAAACAUGACAUCAUCAUUAUUCAAUGACAACAGGAAUCCAAACACUACUCUAGAUCCUACAAACACGACAUCACCAUCAUUGAAGAACAGUAUGAAUCCAAGCACUACAAACACAUCAUCAUCAGUCAAUGACAACAGGAAUCCAAACACUGCUACAAGCACAAUAUCAUCAUCAGUCAAUGACAACAGGAACCCAAACACUACUACAAACACAACAUCAUCAUCAGUCAAUGACAAUAGGAAUCCAAACACUACUCUUGAUGCUACAAACAGAACAUCACCAUCAUUCAAUAACAGUAUGAAUCCAAACCCUUCUACAAACACAACAAACACAUCAUCAUCAGUUAAUGACAACAAGAAUCCAAACACUGCUACAAGCACAAUAUCAUCAUCAGUCAAUGACAACAGGAACCCAAACACUACUACAAACACAACAUCAUCAUCAGUUAAUGACAAUAGGAAUUCAAACACUACUCUAGAUCCUACAAACACAACAUCACCAUCAUUCAAUAAGAGUAUGAAUCCAAACACUACAAACACAUCAUCAUCAGUCAAUGACAACAGGAAUCCAAACAUUACUCUAGAUCCUACAAACACAUCAUCAUCAUCAGUCAAUGACAACAGGAACCCAAACACUACUACAAACACAACAUCAUCAUCAGUCAAUGACAAUAGGAAUUCAAACACUACUCUAGAUCCUACAAGCAGAACAUCACCAUCAUUCAAUAACAGUAUGAAUCCAAACACAACAAACACAUCAUUAUCAGUCAAUGACAACAGGAAUCCAAACAUUACUCUAGAUCCUACAAUCACAUCAUCAUCAUCAUUAGUCAAUGAUAACAGGAAUCCAAACAUUACUACAAACACAUCAUCAUCAUCAGUCAGUGACAACAGGAAUCCAAACACUACUACAAACAAAACAUCAUCAUCAGUCAAUGACAACAGGAAUCCAAACACUACACUAGAUCCUACAAACAUGACAUCACCAUCUUUCAAUAACAGUAUGAAUCCAAACACUACAAACACAACAUCAUCAUCACUCAAAUACGAUAAGAAUCCAAACACUACUCUAGAUCCUACAAACAGAACAUCACCAUCAUUCAAUAACAGAAUGAAUCCAAACACUUCUACAAACACGACAAACACUUCAUCAUCAAUCAAUGACAACAGGAACCCAAACACUACUACAAACACAACAUCAUCAUCAGUCAAUGACAAUAGGAAUCCAAACACUACUCUUGAUGCUACAAACAGAACAUCACCAUCAUUCAAUAACAGUAUGAAUCCAAACCCUUCUACAAACACAACAAACACAUCAUCAUCAGUUAAUGACAACAAGAAUCCAAACACUGCUACAAGCACAAUAUCAUCAUCAGUCAAUGACAACAGGAACCCAAACACUACUACAAACACAACAUCAUCAUCAGUUAAUGACAAUAGGAAUUCAAACACUACUCUAGAUCCUACAAACACAACAUCACCAUCAUUCAAUAAGAGUAUGAAUGCAAACACUACAAACACAUCAUCAUCAGUCAAUGACAACAGGAACCCAAACACUACUACAAACACAACAUCAUCAUCAGUCAAUGACAAUAGGAAUCCAAACACAACUCAAGACGCUACAAACACAACAUCAGCAUCAUUCAAUAACAGUAUGAAUCCAAAAAAUUCUACAAACACUACAAACACAUCAUCACCAGUGAAUGGCAACAGGAAUCCAAACACUACUCUAGAUCCUACAAAGAUGACAUCACCAUCAUUCAAUAACAGUAUGAAUCCAAACGAUACAAACACAACAUCAUCAUCAGUCAAUGACAACAGGAAUCCAAACACUACUCUAGAUCCUACAAACAUGACAUCACCGUCAUUCAAUCACAGUAUGAAUGCAAGCACUACUCAAGACGCUACAAACAGAACAUCUCCAUCAUUCAAUAAAAGUAUAAAUCCAAACACUAGUCCAGAUGCUACAAACACAUCAUCAUUAGUCAAUGACAAUAGUAAUCCAAACACUACUCAAUAUCCUACAAACAUGACAUCACCAUCAUUCAAUAACAGUAUGAAUCCAAACACUUCUACAAACACAACAUCAUCAGUCCAUGACAACAGGAAUCCAAACACUACUACAAACACGACAUCAUCAUUAUUCAAUGACAACAGGAAUCCAAACACUACUCUAGACCCUACAAACACGACAUCACCAUCAUUGAAGAACAGUAUGUAUCCAAGCACUACAAACACAUCAUCAUCAGUUAAUGACAACAGGAAUCCAAACACGACUCUAGAUCCUACAAACAUGACAUCACCGUCAUUCAAUAACAGUAUGAAUGCAAGCACUACUCAAGACGCUACAAACAGAACAUCAGCAUCAUUCAAUAACAGUAUGAAUCCAAAAAAUUCUACAAACACUACAAACACAUCAUCACCAGUCAAUGGCAACAGGAAUCCAAACACUACUCUAGAUCCUACAAAGAUGACAUCACCAUCAUUCAAUAACAGUAUGAAUCCAAACGAUACAAACACAACAUCAUCAUCAGUCAAUGACAACAGGAAUCCAAACACUACUCUAGAUCCUACAAACAUGAUAUCACCGUCAUUCAAUAACAGUAUGAAUGCAAGCACUACUCAAGACGCUACAAACAGAACAUCACCAUCAUUCAAUAAAAGUAUAAAUCCAAACACUAGUCCAGAUGCUACAAACACAUCAUCAUUAGUCAAUGACAAUAGUAAUCCAAACACUACUCAAUAUCCUACAAAUAUGACAUCACCAUCAUUCAAUAACAGUAUGAAUCCAAACACUUCUACAAACACAACAUCAUCAGUCAAUGACAACAGGAAUCCAAACACUACUACAAACACUACAAACACAUCAUCAUCAUUAGUCAAUGAUAACAGGAAUCCAAACAUUACGAAAAACACAUCAUCAUCAUCAGUCAAUGACAACAGGAAUCCAAACAUUACUCUAGAUCCUACAAACACAUCAUCAUCAUUAGUCAAUGAUAACAGGAAUCCAAACAUUACGACAAACACAUCAUCAUCAUCAGUCAAUGACAACAGGAAUCCAAACACUACUACAAACAAAACAUCAUCAUCAGUCGAUGACAACAGGAAUCCAAACACUGCACUAGAUCCUACAAACAUGACAUUACCAUCAUUCAAUAACAGUAUGAAUCCAAACACUACAAACACAACAUCAUCAUCAGCCAAUGACAACAGGAAUCCAAACACUACUCUAGAGCCUACAAAUAUGAUGUCACUGUCAUUCAAUAACCAUAUGAAUCCAAACACUUCUACAAACACUACAAACACAUCAUCUUUAGUCAAUGAAAAUAGGAAUCCAAACACUACUACUAACACUACAAACACAUCAUCUUUAGUCAAUGAAAAUAGGAAUCCAAACACUACUACAAACACUACAAACACAUCAUCAGUCAAUGACAAUAGGAAUCCAAACACUACUCUUGAUGCUACAAACAGAACAUCACCAUCAUUCAAUAACAGUAUGAAUCCAAACACUUCUACAAACACAUCAUCAGUCAAUGACAACAGGAAUCCAAACACUUCUACAAGCACAAUAUCAUCAUCAGUCAAUGACAACAGGAACCCAAACACUACUACAAACACAACAUCAUCAUCAGUCAAUGACAAUAGGAAUCCAAACACUACUCUAGAUGCUACAAACAGAACAUCACCAUCAUUCAAUAACAGUAUGAAUCCAAACCCUUCUACAAACACAACAAACACAUCAUCAUCAGUCAAUGACAAUAGGAAUCCAAACACAACUCAAGACGCUACAAACACAACAACAGCAUCAUUCAAUAACAGUAUGAAUCCAAAAAAUUCUACAAACACUACAAACACAUCAUCACUAGUCUAUGGCAACAGGAAUCCAAACACUACUCUAGAUCCUACAAAGAUGACAUCACCAUCAUUCAAUAACAGUAUGAAUCCAAACGAUACAAACACAACAUCAUCAUCAGUCAAUGAGAACAGGAAUCCAAACACUACUCUAGAUCCUACAAACAUGACAUCACCGUCAUUCAAUAACAGUAUGAAUGCAAGCACUACUCAAGACGCUACAAACAGAACAUCACCAUCAUUCAAUAAAAGUAUAAAUCCAAACACUAGUCCAGAUGCUACAAACACAUCAUCAUUAGUCAAUGACAAUAGUAAUCCAAACACUACUCAAUAUCCUACAAACAUGACAUCACCAUCAUUCAAUAACAGUAUGAAUCCAAACACUUCUACAAACACAACAUCAUCAGUCAAUGACAACAGGAAUCCAAACACUACUACAAACACGACAUCAUUAUUCAAUGAGAACAGGAAUCCAAACAUUACUGUAGAUCCUACAAACACAUCAUCAUCAUUAGUCAAUGAUAACAGGAAUCCAAACAUUACUACAAACACAUCAUCAUCAUCAGUCAAUGACAACAGGAAUCCAAACACUACUACAAACAAAACAUCAUCAUCAGUCAAUGACAACAGGAAUCCAAACACUGCACUAGAUCCUACAAACAUGACAUUACCAUCAUUCAAUAACAGUAUGAAUCCAAACACUACAAACACAUCAUCAGCAGCCAAUGACAACAGGAAUCCAAACACUACUCUAGAUCCUACAAACAUGUCACUGUCAUUCAAUAACCAUAUGAAUCCAAACACUUCUACAAACACUACAAACACAACAUCAUUAGUCAAUGAAAAUAGGAAUCCAAACACUACUACAAACACUACAAACACAUCAUCUUUAGUCAAUGAAAAUAGGAAUCCAAACACUACUACAAACACUACAAACACAUCAUCAGUCAAUGACAAUAGGAAUCCAAACACUGCUCUUGAUGCUACAAACAGAACAUCACCAUCAUUCAAUAACAGUAUGAAUCCAAACACGACAAACACAUCAUCAGUCAAUGACAACAGGAAUCCAAACACUGCUACAAGCACAAUAUCAUCAUCAGUCAAUGACAACAGGAACCCAAACACUACUACAAACACAACAUCAUCAUCAGUCAAUGACAAUAGGAAUCCAAACACUACUCUAGAUGCUACAAACAGAACAUCACCAUCAUUCAAUAACAGUAUGAAUCCAAACCUUUCUACAAACACAAUAAACACAUCAUCAUCAGUUAAUGACAAUAGGAAUACAAACACUACUCUAGAUCCUACAAACAGAACAUCACCAUCAUUCAAUAACAGUAUGAAUCCAAACACUACAAACACAUCAUCAUCAGUCAAUGAUAACAGGAAUCCAAACACUACUACAAACACAACAUCAUCAUCAGUCAAUGACAACAGGAAUCCAAACACUACUCUAGAUCCUACGAACAGAACAUCACCAUCAUUCAAUAACAGUAUGAAUCCAAACACUACAAACACAUCAUCAUCAGUCAGUGACAACAGGAAUCCAAACAUUACUCUAGAUCCUACAAACACAUCAUCAUCAUUAGUCAAUGAUAACAGGAAUCCAAACAUUACUACAAACACAUCAUCAUCAUCAUUCAAUAACAGUAUGAAUCCAAACACUACAAACACAACAUCAUCAUCAGCCAAUGACAACAGGAAUCCAAACACUACUCUAGAUCCUACAAACAUGUCACUGUCAUUCAAUAACCAUAUGAAUCCAAACACUUCUACAAACACUACAAACACAACAUCAUUAGUCAAUGAAAAUAGGUAUCCAAACACUACUACAAACACUACAAACACAUCAUCUUUAGUCAAUGAAAAUAGGAAUCCAAACACUACAAACACAUCAUCAGUCAAUGACACUAGGAAUCCAAACACUACUCUUGAUGCUACAAACAGAACAUCACCAUCAUUCAAUAACAGUAUGAAUCCAAACACUUCUACAAACACAACAAACACAUCAUCAUCAGUCAAUGACAAUAGGAAUCCAAACACAACUCAAGACGCUACAAACACAACAACAGCAUCAUUCAAUGACAGUAUGAAUCCAAAAAAUUCUACAAACACUACAAACACAUCAUCACCAGUUAAUGGCAACAGGAAUCCAAACACUACUCUAGAUCCUACAAAGAUGACAUCACCAUCAUUCAAUAACAGUAUGAAUCCAAACGAUACAAACACAAAAUCAUCAUCAGUCAAUGACAACAGGAAUCCAAACACUACUCUAGAUCCUACAAACAUGACAUCACCGUCAUUCAAUAACAGUAUGAAUGCAAGCACUACUCAAGACGCUACAAACAGAACAUCACCAUCAUUCAAUAAAAGUAUAAAUCCAAACACUAGUCCAGAUGCUACAAACACAUCAUCAUUAGUCAAUGACAAUAGUAAUCCAAACACUACUCAAUAUCCUACAAACAUGACAUCACCAUCAUUCAAUAACAGUAUGAAUCCAAACACUUCUACAAACACAACAUCAUCAGUCAAUGACAACAGGAAUCCAAACACUACUACAAACACGACGACAUCAUUAUUCAAUGACAACAGGAAUCCAAACACUACUCUAGAUCCUACAAACACGACAUCACCAUCAUUGAAGAACAGUAUGUAUCCAAGCACUACAAACACAUCAUCAUCAGUUAAUGACAACAGGAAUCCAAACACGACUCUAGAUCCUACAAACAUGACAUCACCAUCAUUCAAUAACAGUAUGAAUCAAAACCUUUCUACAAACACAAUAAACACAUCAUCAUCAGUUAAUGACAAUAGGAAUACAAACACUACUCUAGAUCCUACAAACAGAACAUCACCAUCAUUCAAUAACAGUAUGAAUCCAAACACUACAAACACAUCAUCAUCAGUCAAUGAUAACAGGAAUCCAAACACUACUACAAACACAACAUCAUCAUCAGUCAAUGACAACAGGAAUCCAAACACUACUCUAGAUCCUACGAACAGAACAUCACCAUCAUUCAAUAACAGUAUGAAUCCAAACACUACAAACACAUCAUCAUCAGUCAGUGACAACAGGAAUCCAAACAUUACUCUAGAUCCUACAAACACAUCAUCAUCAUUAGUCAAUGAUAACAGGAAUCCAAACAUUACUACAAACACAUCAUCAUCAUUCAAUAACAGUAUGAAUCCAAACACUACAAACACAACAUCAUCAUCAGCCAAUGACAACAGGAAUCCAAACACUACUCUAGAUCCUACAAACAUUUCACUGUCAUUCAAUAACCAUAUGAAUCCAAACACUUCUACAAACACUACAAACACAACAUCAUUAGUCAAUGAAAAUAGGAAUCCAAACACUACUACAAACACUACAAACACAUCAUCUUUAGUCAAUGAAAAUAGGAAUCCAAACACUACUACAAACACUACAAACACAUCAUCAGUCAAUGACACUAGGAAUCCAAACACUACUCUUGAUGCUACAAACAGAACAUCACCAUCAUUCAAUAACAGUAUGAAUCCAAACACUUCUACACACACGACAAACACAUCAUCAGUCAAUGACAACAGGAACCCAAACACUACUACAAACACAACAUCAUCAUCAGUCAAUGACAAUAGGAAUCCAAACACUACUCUAGAUGCUACAAACAGAACAUCACCAUCAUUCAAUAACAGUAUGAAUCCAAACCCUUCUACAAACACAACAAACACAUCAUCAUCAGUCAAUGACUAUAGGAAUCCAAACACAACUCAAGACGCUACAAACACAACAACAGCAUCAUUCAAUGACAGUAUGAAUCCAAAAAAUUCUACAAACACUACAAACACAUCAUCACCAGUUAAUGGCAACAGGAAUCCAAACACUACUCUAGAUCCUACAAAGAUGACAUCACCAUCAUUCAAUAACAGUAUGAAUCCAAACGAUACAAACACAACAUCAUCAUCAGUCAAUGACAACAGGAAUCCAAACACUACUCUAGAUCCUACAAACAUGACAUCACCGUCAUUCAAUAACAGUAUGAAUGCAAGCACUACUCAAGACGCUACAAACAGAACAUCACCAUCAUUCAAUAAAAGUAUAAAUCCAAACACUAGUCCAGAUGCUACAAACACAUCAUCAUUAGUCAAUGACAAUAGUAAUCCAAACACUACUCAGUAUCCUACAAACAUGACAUCACCAUCAUUCAAUAACAGUAUGAAUCCAAACACUUCUACAAACACAACAUCAUCAGUCAAUGACAACAGGAAUCCAAACACUACUACAAACACGACAUCAUCAUUAUUCAAUGACAACAGGAAUCCAAACACUACUACAAACACAACAUCAUCAUCAGUCAAUGACAACAGGAAUCCAAGCACUACAAACACAUCAUCAUCAGUUAAUGACAACAGGAAUCCAAACACUACUCUAGAUCCUACAAACAUGACAUUACCGUCAUUCAAUAACAGUAUGAAUCCACACACUACUCAAGACGCUACAAACAGAUCAUCAGUCAAGGACAACAGGAAUCCAAACACUACUCUAGAUCCUACAAACAUGAUGUCACUGUCAUUCAAUAACCAUAUGAAUCCAAACACGUCUACAAACACUACAAACACAACAUCAUUAGUCAAUGAAAAUAGGAAUCCAAACACUACUACAAACACUACAAACACAUCAUCAGUCAAUGACAAUAGGAAUCCAAACACUACUCUUGAUGCUACAAACAGAACAUCACCAUCAUUGAAUAACAGUAUGAAUCCAAAACCUUCUACAAACACAAUAAACACAUCAUCAUCAGUUAAUGACAAUAGGAAUACAAACACUACUCUAGAUCCUACAAACAGAACAUCACCAUCAUUCAAUAACAGUAUGAAUCCAAACACUACAAACACAUCAUCAUCAGUCAAUGAUAACAGGAAUCCAAACAUUACUACAAACACAACAUCAUCAUCAGUCAAUGACAACAGGAAUCCAAACACUACUCUAGAUCCUACAAACAGAACAUCACCAUCAUUCAAUAACAGUAUGAAUCCAAACACUACAAACACAUCAUCAUCAGUCAAUGAGAACAGGAAUCCAAACAUUACUCUAGAUCCUACAAACACAUCAUCAUCAUUAGUCAAUGAUAACAGGAAUCCAAACAUUACUACAAACACAUCAUCAUCAGUCAAUGACAACAGGAAUCCAAACACUACUACAAACAAAACAUCAUCAUCAGUCAAUGACAACAGGAAUCCAAACACUGCACUAGAUCCUACAAACAUGACAUUACCAUCAUUCAAUAACAGUAUGAAUCCAAACACUACAAACACAACAUCAUCAUCAGCCAAUGACAACAGGAAACCAAACACUACUCUAGAUCCUACAAACAUGUCACUGUCAUUCAAUAACCAUAUGAAUCCAAACACUUCUACAAACACAACAUCAUUAGUCAAUGAAAAUAGGAAUCCAAACACUACUACAAACACUACAAACACAUCAUCUUUAAUCAAUGAAAAUAGGAAUCCAAACACUACUACAAACACUACAAACACAUCAUCUUUAGUCAAUGAAAUUAGGAAUCCAAACACUACUACAAACACUACAAACACAUCAUCAGUCAAUGACGAUAGGAAUCCAAACACUACUCUUGAUGCUACAAACAGAACAUCACCAUCAUUCAAUAACAGUAUGAAUCCAAACACUUCUACAAACACGACAAACACAUCAUCAGUCAAUGACAGCAGGAAUCCAAACACUGCUACAAGCACAAUAUCAUCAUCAGUCAAUGACAACAGGAACCCAAACACUACUACAAACACAACAUCAUCAUCAGUCAAUGACAAUAGGAAUCCAAACACUACUCUAGAUGCUACAAACAGAACAUCACCAUCAUUCAAUAACAGUAUGAAUCCAAACCCUUCUACAAACACAACAAACACAUCAUCAUCAGUCAAUGACAAUAGGAAUCCAAACACAACUCAAGACGCUACAAACACAACAACAGCAUCAUUCAAUAACAGUAUGAAUCCAAAAAAUUCUACAAACACUACAAACACAUCAUCACCAGUCAAUGGCAACAGGAAUCCAAACACUACUCUAGAUCCUACAAAGAUGACAUCACCAUCAUUCAAUAACAGUAUGAAUCCAAACGAUACAAACACAACAUCAUCAUCAGUCAAUGACAACAGGAAUCCAAACACUACUCUAGAUCCUACAAACAUGACAUCACCGUCAUUCAAUAACAGUAUGAAUGCAAGCACUACUCAAGACGCUAUAAACAGAACAUCACCAUCAUUCAAUAAAAGUAUAAAUCCAAACACUAGUCCAGAUGCUACAAACACAUCAUCAUUAGUCAAUGACAAUAGUAAUCCAAACACUACUCAAUAUCCUACAAAUAUGACAUCACCAUCAUUCAGUAACAGUAUGAAUCCAAACACUUCUACAAACACAACAUCAGUCAAUGACAACAGGAAUCCAAACACUACUACAAACACAACAUCAUUAUUCAAUGACAACAGGAAUCCAAACACUACUCUAGAUCCUACAAACACGACAUCACCAUCAUUGAAGAACAGUAUGAAUCCAAGCACUACAAACACAUCAUCAUCAGUUAAUGACAACAGGAAUCCAACCACUACUCGAGAUCCUACAAACAUGACAUUACCGUCAUUCAAUAACAGUAUGAAUCCACACACUACUCAAGACGCUACAAACACAUCAGUCAAGGACUACAGGAAUCCAAACACUACUCUAGAUCCUACAAACAUGAUGUCACUGUCAUUCAAUAACCAUAUGAAUCCAAACACUUCUACAAACACUACAAACACAUCAUUAGUCAAUGAAAAUAGGAAUUCAAACACUACUACAAACACUACAAACACAUCAUCUUUAGUCAAUGAAAAUAGGAAUCCAAACACUACUACAAACACAUCAUCAGUCAAUGACAAUAGGAAUCCAAACACUACUCUUGAUGCUACAAACAGAACAUCACCAUCAUUCAAUAACAGUAUGAAUCCAAACACGUCUACAAACACGACAAACACAUCAUCAGUCAAUGACAACAGGAAUCCAAACACUGCUACAAGCACAAUAUCAUCAUCAGUCAAUGACAUCAGGAACCCAAACACUACUACAAACACCACAUCAUCAUCAGUCAAUGACAAUAGGAAUCCAAACACUACUCUAGAUGCUACAAACAUAACAUCACCAUCAUUCAAUAACAGUAUGAAUCCAAACCCUUCUACAAACAUAAUAAACACAUCAUCAUCAGUUAAUGACAAUAGGAAUACAAACACUACUCUAGAUCCUACAAACAGAACAUCACCAUCAUUCAAUAACAGUAUGAAUCCAAACACUACAAACACAUCAUCAUCAGUCAAUGACAACAGGAAUCGAAACACUACUACAAACAAAACAUCAUCAUCAGUCAAUGACAACAGGAAUCCAAACACUGCACUAGAUCCUACAAACAUGACAUCACCAUCAUUCAAUAACAGUAUGAAUCCAAACACUACAAACACAACAUCAUCAUCAGUCAAUGACAAUAAGAAUCCAAACACUACUCUAGAUCCUACAAACAGAACAUCACCAUCAUUCAAUAACAGAAUGAAUCCAAACACUUCUACAAACACGACAAACACUUCAUCAUCAGUCAAUGACAACAGGAACCCAAACACUACUACAAACACAACAUCAUCAUCAGUCAAUGACAAUAGGAAUCCAGACACUACUCUUGAUGCUACAAACAGAACAUCACCAUCAUUCAAUAACAGUAUGAAUCCAAACCCUUCUACAAACACAACAAACACAUCAUCAUCAGUUAAUGACAAUAGGAAUCCAAACACUACUCUAGAUCCUACAAACAGAACAUCACCAUCAUUCAAUAACAGUAUGAAUCCAAACACUACAAACACAUCAUCAUCAGUCAAUGACAACAGGAAUCCAAACAUUACUCUAGAUCCUACAAACACAUCAUCAUCAUCAGUCAAUGACAACAGGAACCCAAACACUACUACAAACACAACAUCAUCAUCAGUCAGUGACAAUAGGAAUCCAAACACAACUCAAGACGCUACAAACACGACAUCAUCAUUCAAUAACAGUAUGAAUUCAAACAGUACUACAAACACUACAUCAUCAGUCAAUGACAAUAGGUAUCCAAACAUUGCUCUAGAUCCUACAAGCAUGACAUCACCAUCAUUCAAUUACAGUAUGAAUCCAAGCACUACUCCAAAUACUAUAAAUACGACAUCACCGUCAUUCAAUGACAGUAUGAAUUCAAACACUACUACAAACACAUCAUCAUCAGUCAAUGACAAUAGAAAUCCAAACACUACUUUGGACCCUACAAACAUGGCAUCACCGUCAUUCAAUAGCAGUAUGAAUCCAAACACUCCUCCAAAUACUACAAACCUGACAUCACCAUCAUUCAAUGACAGUAUGAAUCCAAACACUCCUACAAACUCUGCAAACAUAACUGUCACACAUCCAAACAACACAACACUGAUCACCACUACAGUUACUCCAAACACCACAAUGUCUAUUGAAACAUCAAUCUCACUUAACACAAUUUUCCCACCAAGCACAACAGUAAUGACCCCAACAACCUCCACAGUUCUGUCGGAUUUCACCACGGAGAGCUUCCACACUAUGGAAUAUGCCAGAGAUUAUACAUUUGACCCCACAGAUAUUUAUUUAAGUGAAUUCACCACAACAAGUUCACUUAACGUUACACAGGUUAUCCCCAGCAAUUAUACCACAACCACUGUCACCAACAUAACCUCUAUUUUAGAUAAUCAGCUCAACACAACAAUGCUUCCUAAUGUAACUCUAGCCAACAACACACAAUCUACAGUAAUAAACAAUAUUACCACAACAGUAGCACCGAACAAGCCCACUGCACAGGCAGGAAUGAAUACCACCAGCACCACCUCUACCUCCACUCACAGGAGCAUCACUGGAACAAGUAUCACAGAGACCACAACAACCGCAAGCCCCCAGUCUGUGGUAAAUCAGCUUCUGAACCAGUCUCAGGAUGCGUCAUCCCUGAACUCGUCUCAAAUACAGAAUAUGGUCAGACAACUGGAGGAUGUUCUGUCAGCGCCAGGCCUCAGCCUGGAUGUGGUUCAGAAUGCUCUGUCUGUCAUUAACAAACUCCUCGAUGCUCCUCAAGAAUCUGUGGCUCUCUUGGCCAACCGCUUGAUCAAGCUUGUGGAUGAACUAGCAUUGAGAUUGAUCAUUCCAGACAAGUCGGAAACAAUAGCAUUGUCAUCUCUUGCACUGAUGGUGACAAAAAUCGAUGGAACCAACUUUGCAGGAACGUCAUUCUCCAUCAGCAGCUUAUCAGGCAUUGAGAUGAACAGCAGGAGAAGGAGGUCUGUACGUAGUGCUUCUCCUAUGGGUUCCAUCACACUCCCUGCCUCUCUGACAGAUGAUCUGUCCCCAGAGCAGAAGCAACAGGCAUCCCGGAUUCAGUUCACGUUCUUCAAUAAGACCACACUGUUUCAGGGCAAAAAGAGUAAUCAGGAGCUGAACAGCUUCGUUCUGGGGACAAGCGUUGCCAAUCUGUCCAUCAGAGACCUGAGAGACAAUGUGGAGUUCUCUCUGAAGAAAACGAAUACUGUAAAGGGAAACCUGACUUGUGUUUUCUGGGACUUUAACCAAAAUGGCGGAGCAGGAGGUUGGAACGAAAGCGGCUGUGUCCUCCUGAACAGCACAGAUGACGAGACAAAGUGUAGCUGCAACCACUUGACCAGCUUUGCAGUGCUACUGGACCUUUCCAGAGAUGAAGUUACUAACCAAGUGCAGGGCACCAUCCUCACCUUCAUCACUUUCAUUGGAUGUGGGAUUUCCGCCAUCUUCCUUGCUGUCACCCUCCUCACCUACCUGGCCUUUGACAAAAUCCGCAAAGACAUUCCAUCCAAGAUCCUCAUCCAGCUGUGUUUGGCGCUUUUCCUACUCAACAUGGUCUUUCUGGUAGACUCAUGGCUGGCGCUCUACACGAAUGCUGUUGGCCUCUGCAUCUCCACGGCCUUCUUUCUGCAUUACUUCUUGCUCGCCUCCUUCACAUGGAUGGGUCUGGAGGCUUUGCACCUCUACCUGAGUAUUGUCAAGGUCUUCCAACAACUUGUGUCGCACUACAUGCUGAAAUUCUCUCUGCUGGGAUGGGGUAUACCAUUAAUCAUUGUUAUCAUUGUGAUUUCGGUGGACAAAAAUAACUAUGGCCUCAUUGCGUAUGGAAAUUAUGGAGAUGGGAGCACAGAUGACUUCUGCUGGCUGAAGAAUGACAUAGUCUUUUACGUGUCAGUGGUGGCCUACUUCUGUGUGAUCUUCCUGGCCAACCUGAUCAUAUUUGUGGUGGUCAUGGUACAGCUGAGACGCAUCAAACGACAAAACCCCCAAAAUAACCAACACCGCAAAGGAUUCCAGGAUCUACGCAGCAUUGCUGGUCUGACCAUCUUACUCGGCCUCACCUGGGGAUUUGCUUUUUUUGCUUGGGGCCCUGUCAAGUUGGCAUUCAUGUACCUCUUCACCAUCUUCAACUCCUUCCAAGGUUUUUUCAUCUUCUUGUUUCACUGUGCGGUAAAAGAGAAUGUCCGGAGACAAUGGAGAGCCUACCUCUGCUGUGGGAGGUUCAGACUCGCAGAAAACUCAGAUUGGAGCCGGGUAGCAAAUCAAAACACCAAGAAGAAUUCGGUCAUCACAGCCAACAUUUCCCAGUCCUCUUUUAACCCUUCACAUCCUUCAAGAAACUCCUCGAUGAGCAGUGACAGCUUGGGCUUAUCAUCAAGCAUGAACAACUUACCUGUAGAUGACAGUGGGUUUGUGUCUUCUGAUGAGUCCAGCAUCCCCCUCAACAACAGCUUGAGUCAGCCCUCCCUCACAUGAACGAUUCUUGGAUGUAUUCCAGUCUGUAUUCCUGGGAGAGCUUCUGGAUGUACUGCAACCCUGAUCAGGAUAAAAUAGUUAAUGAAGGAUGGGAUAAAUGUGAAACAGAGGAACAGUACCUGAACCUGAGAGCAUCCGGUGUGCACCAUAACACCUCAUACAGAUGUAACAGUAUGAAACAACGAAACAGAAUAACAUAUAAUGGAGAAACAUUAUGAGGAUAGAGUCAAGUCAAAGUCCCUCCUGUACUAGGACCUGAUCUUCCCAGGCAGUCUUGUGUCCCAGUACUAACCAGGCUCUUAAGGUAUAUUGGGUGGCACCGAUCUCUGUUUCUACAGCCAUUGGCCUCUCACAUAGCUAGGGUUACAGUGGGGCCGUGUCCUCUGGUAACCGCGGCGCCUUGCCAGAUGGCAGUAGGUACCAUUUUUAUGAUGGUCUUUGGUAUGACCCAACCACGAGUAGAACUCACGAUCUCCCAGUCAAGAGGCAGACACGCUAACCACUAGUGCACGGAUGAAUACAGGACAGAGCUGUUUCAAUCAGGAAAAGACAGUAAAUAAAGUUGGGGGGAAUCGUUACAGCUUAUGAGAUGAACAAAACCUGAGCAAAAAUCCUUGAGAAAAAUAAGCGACAUGAAAGAAAUGAAGAAACAAGUUGUAUUUAUGAGAGAAACCAGCAUUAUACAUUAACUCCUACCUAUUACAGUAGGCUACUAAGUCAUGAAAUGUAACUUAUAAAAUAUUUCAGAGACUGAAAAACUGUGUGCGUUCUGUUUAAUUCUUAUACAGCAAAUCAGUGAUGAAUGUACAAAGAGAAUGUCAUAGUCUUUAAAUACACUAAUGUUGGAGGUGAUGUGUGUUUAGUGUGUUAACAAUUUAGAGAUGAUUAUUUAUGGAAGCUAAAAAAAAAUCUCUAAAACAGAGAAGCACUUAAUUUUGUUUAUUCUGUUAAAUAAACAGUGAAUCAGUUAUUGUUGUAUUGAUUGUAGGUAGUAUACGGUACCUCAUAAAGGUUUAUCUGUCAUGGAAUGGCAUCCCAUCCAGGACGUGUUCCUGCAUCAGGUCCAGCGUUCGCAGGAUCGGCUCCAGACCCACCAUGACCCUGACCAGGAUAAAGCACUUACUAAAGAUGAAUGAAUGAAAAUUAUUUAGAUGAUUCAUGUUGACUCAACAUCCGAGUUCAUCUUACUUUGAUUCUUUUAUAUGACGGAGUAAUGUUGCACUUUAUAAUGCUGUGAUGACUCUUGAUUGUUGUAACUUAUUAAGGGUCGGUCCUGAAUUUCUUGUAUUUUUAGAGAAUUAUUUUGGCUCUAAAGUAUAAAGUCUCUGUAUAAUUUAGGUUGAUCAGGAUUGCCCCGUAACAUCUGGGAGAAAUAAUGUAUGUUCUUAAGUUAUUUAGACUUACAAAAUGUUGAAAUGAAGAUUUUAUUUUUGAUCACUGUUGAUUUAUUUCUUUGUUUUGUUUACUUCUCUAAAGCACUCUGAACUGUAUUUUAAAUGAACCAAAGUUAUUAUAUAAAUGUUGCUUAUUAUUUUUAUUAGUUUUUACUUUUACUAUUAAUAUUAUUAUUUAUGAAGGUCGCCCCUGGUGGAUAAAUGAAGUAGAGCACAGAAAGCAGAGGUGAUUAUUUUGGUCAAUUUCUGGGUUUUUGUUUGUUUGUUUGUUUGUUUGUUUGUUUGUUUGUUUGUUUAUUUGUUUGUUUUUGCACAUCUGCUCUUAACCUGUGAAUAUUUUUUGUUUGUUGUUUCUUGAAUAAAUCUAUUAAAAUGUAAUUAAA